AUGCUGCCGCCGCCGCUGCUGCUGCCCCUGCUCUGGGCAGGGUCCCUGGCCCAGGUCGGUGGCCUGUGGCUGCACGCACCGGAGCGGGUGACGGUGCAGGAGGGCCAGUGCACCCGCGUGUCCUGCAGCUUCUCCUACCCCGGCCGCGGUCACCCUCAGGGUCAGUCAGUGUACAGCUACUGGUUUCGGUAUCGGGAAAGGUCUCAGGAUGAAGAGGCUGUUCUGGUGGCCACAAACUACCCAGGUCACGAGGUGCAGGAGGAGACCAAGAGCCGAUUCCAGCUGCUGGGGGACCCCCGGCACUAUGACUGCUCCCUGGAUAUCAGAGACGCGCAGAGGGGGGACACAGGGACCUACUUCUUCAGGGUGCAGAGGGGGGACUGGGUGCCACAGUAUUACACAAGUCGCCAGCUCACUGUUACUGUGACAGCGCUGACCCACAGGCCGAACAUCCACCUCCCGGGCCCCCUCCGGGCCGGCCAGCCCAGCACCCUCACCUGUGCAGCGCCCUGGGCCUGUGACAGGGGCACGGCCCCCACCUUCUCCUGGAGGGGGGUCGGCCUCAGCACCCCGGGCCCCCGCUCCCCGGAGCUCACCCUCACCCCGGGGCCCCAGCACCACGGCACCAACCUCACCUGCCGGGUGACCUUCCCCGCGGCGGGCGUGAGCACAGAGACCACCGUCCGGCUCAGCGUGGACUACCCGGCGGGGGCCCCCUCAGAGGAGGAGCAGGAGCUGCAUUACGCCUCCCUCAGUCUCCCCAAGGGGACCCCCAGGACCCGUCAGGGCCAGGAGGCCUCUGAGUACUCCGAGGUCAACCUCAGGCACUGAGCAGCCCCCUGGGCCCCUCCCGACGCCGCACCCCAGAAGGCUUCUCUGAGGACGGGUCGGGGCUCCCAGAGAA